UACUGUGUGGUACCAUACAUUCAUCCUCUGUUAUUCUUCUGCACAAGGCAAAGUAAAACUAAGUUCAAGCUACAAGUUUAAAACUGUGAUAUCUUGUGUCAUAAAACAUCAUGUCGGACACUUGGAGCAAUAUCCAGGCGCAUAAGAAGCAGCUAGACUCUCUGCGGGAAAGACUACAGCGAAGACGGAAAGACCCAGGGCAACUCACCGCGGAUGCUACGGGCAGCACAGAUGCCUCCACGGCACGCAGUGACAGUCCUGCUCCUCCUGCUACUGUUCCAUCUCAAGAGGAGCCCGAAAAGCCCCCAGACCCGGAGUUGGAGAAGAAACUGUUGGCAUACCUAUCAGAUCUCAGCCUGUCUUUGCCUAUAGACUCCCUCGCUAUAACAAAUGACCUGAACACUUCGGAAGGAGCUGUGAGUCAUGGCUGUAUCCAAAGUCUGCUGCAAAAAUUUGCUGCUCAGGAGCUUAUUGAAGUUCGACAGCCAUCUUUGUCCUCUGCUAUAGUCUCCUCUUCCACAAUUGUUGUUGCUGUUGACCAUCCAAAGCUUUGGGCUAUGAUUGGAACAGGGGCUGGUGCCCAAAGGACAGGAGUGAAGAGAAAAGCAGAUGACCAAACACACCUUAAAAGAGCAUCAGGCUUCUCUCCAUCUCAGAGCUCUGCGUCCCCUCCUCACACCUCAUAUAUACCCCCUAUAUCUUCACUGACCCCAGCAUCUUCUAUACAAGCAGCAGGACCCUCAUCAUCUGGUAGUGGGGCUGAUAAGAAAGGAAGGAGCAGCAAAAACCAGUCAUCUCAUGUUGACAUGGAAAUUGAGAGUCUUUUAAAUCAACAAUCCACAAAAGAACAGCAGAGUAAGAAGGUGAGCAGAGAGAUCCUUGAGCUUUUGAACGCCAGCACUGCAAAGGAGCAGUCCAUAGUGGAGAAGUUUAGAUCUCGUGGUCGAGCUCAAGUUCAGGAGUUUUGUGACCAUGGGACAAAAGAGGAGUGCAUUCGCUCUGGAGAUACACCACAACCCUGCACAAAACUCCACUUCCGUCGCAUCAUCAACAAACACACAGAUGAGAGCCUUGGUGACUGCUCUUUUCUCAACACGUGUUUUCACAUGGACACGUGUAAAUAUGUCCACUAUGAGAUAGACAGUCCUCCAGAGGCUGAGGGAGGUCUUAUGGGGCCCCAAGGUGGAACUACUGAGCUCAGCCUUCGCACUGGUGAUGCCGACAGCAACGUUGGCAAACUCUUCCCAUCUCAGUGGAUUUGCUGUGACAUUCGCUACUUGGAUGUGUCUAUUCUGGGUAAGUUUGCCGUUGUCAUGGCCGACCCGCCCUGGGACAUCCACAUGGAGCUGCCUUAUGGCACAUUGACGGACGAUGAGAUGAGAAAACUGAACAUCCCCACUCUGCAGGAUGAUGGUUUCCUCUUUCUCUGGGUCACUGGCAGAGCUAUGGAGUUAGGCCGGGAGUGUCUGAGUCUCUGGGGUUAUGAGCGAGUAGAUGAAAUUAUCUGGGUGAAAACUAACCAACUUCAGAGAAUUAUCCGUACAGGAAGGACAGGCCAUUGGCUGAAUCAUGGAAAAGAGCAUUGUCUGGUGGGUGUAAAAGGAAACACCCAAGGAUUUAAUCGAGGUUUGGACUGUGACGUCAUUGUUGCAGAGGUCCGUUCUACCAGUCACAAACCUGACGAGAUCUAUGGCAUGAUAGAAAGGCUUUCUCCUGGCACCAGAAAGAUUGAAUUGUUUGGUCGACCCCACAAUGUCCAGCCAAACUGGGUAACGCUUGGAAACCAGCUCGAUGGCAUUCAUCUGUUGGACCCUGAGGUGGUUGCUCGUUUUAAAAAACGUUAUCCAGAUGGUGUGAUCUCCAAACCCAAAACUAUGCCUUGAUAGAGGUGCCUAUUUUUUAUAGCAAUGUCAUGUCCUUUUUUAAAUAAAUUGAUAACAAGGA